AUGUUGCUGAUCUCCGUUCUCACCACCGUUGCGGCCGUUGGCGGCGUCAACGCCGCCUCGUCGUUUGCUUCCUCGCAAGACGGCCGCUACCAGUUCACUGCCGCCCAGGCUCCUGUCCUGGGUGCUGGUAACCCUGGCAUCCAAGACUGGCAGUUGUUCAUCAAGGAGAAGUCCGGACGCAAGCAGACCGUCAAGGGUUUUGGUGCUGCCAUCACCGAUGCCACCGUCGCUGCCUUCAACAAGCUCAACGCAAACUCUCGCACGCAGCUGUUCAACGACCUGAUGACCCCUUCGGGUCUUAACUUCAACCUGCUGCGUCACACCGUCGCCAGCUCGGAUCUCUCUGCUGAUCCGGCUUACACUUACGACGACGCCGGCGGCAAUGUCGACACUGGCCUCAACAGCUUUGGCCUGGGUGAUCGUGGAAAUGCCAUGAUCAGCAUGCUGGCCAACUUCCGCAGGCUGCAGCCCCAGCUGACCAUUGUCGGCUCGCCUUGGUCUGCACCGGGAUGGAUGAAGGUCAAGGGCAAGCUGAUUGGCGGCGGUACCGGCAACAACAAGCUCAACCACGCCUACGAGAACGCCUACGCCCAGUACUUUGUCAAGUACCUCCAGGCGUACGAGGCUGGUGGCGCUCACAUUGACGCCAUCACCCUGCAGAACGAGCCCCUGAACAACAAGGACGAUAUGCCCACCAUGCAGAUCGAGGCGGCGGAGUCUGGUGCUCUGAUCCGCGACAAGGUUGGCCCUGCUCUGCGCAAUGCCGGCCUCAACACCCAGAUCUGGGCUUGGGACCACAACCAGGACGUCUACUCUUACCCCCAGACUGUCAUGAACACAGCCAGCCAGUACGUCCAGGCCGCUGCUUGGCACUGCUAUGCCGGCAACGCCCCUGAGAACUGGACUCCCCUCACCCAGUUCCACAACGAGUUCCCCGGCAAGGAGCAGUACAUGACCGAGUGCUGGACCUCCGUUCUCUCCGGCGGCACCGACUGGGUCCACAGCUCCAGCUUCGCCCUGUUCCCCCUGCAGAACUGGGCCAACGGCAUCAUCGCCUGGACUCUGGGUACCUUCACCGGCGGUGGCCCUGCCCUGUCCGGCGGCGGCAACUGCCACAGCUGCACUGGUCUUGUUACCGUCAGCGCUGAUGGCAGUGGUUAUAAGAAGGAGAUUGACUACUACAUGCUGGGCCAGUUCUCGCGCUACAUUCCCAAGGGCGCUGUUGUUGUCGAUGGUACUGGUAGCUGGCUGUUUGACCCCAACACUGGUGUUGAGUCUGUUGCUACUGUUAACCCUGAUGGCACCCGCACGGUCGUCAUCCAGAACCGAUACAACAAUGAUAUCUGGGUUCGUUUGGCUACGGAGUCUGAGAGCCAGACCUGGAACGCUCGUGUCCCUGCCCGGGCUGUUACCACCUGGAUCCUGCCUAAGGCUUAA